GGAUAUAGCAUUAGCCGCCAGAGUCGUCAGCAACGGAAGGCAGGGAGUUUAGAAAAGACACGAGUGGCUGUUUCCUUAAAAAUUACAUCAAAUAAAUGAAUACAAAUACAUUAGGGAUACUUUUAGGUGUUAGUUACGGUUGUUUCCUCCAGAAACUUUAACAACCGUUAGCCCAAAUAACCGUUUGGGAUGAGGCUAGCACCCGGUUAGCUAACGAGUAACCUAGGCAACUGUGGCUAACCUGCAGCGAACUGGUGUUUUCAGAACUGCUAACGAUUAUUUUUUAUGAGAUAUUAUAAUUAUUAUAAUUCUCCACGAACAAACCGUCCUACAUGAUGUUAACUUGCUUUGUUUAGUUCACUGCCAGUUUAAGGUUUCAGUUAGCGUGUCUGAAGCUAAAGGAUAACUUACGCAGCCGAUGAUUUGAAAUCAAGAGGCUGUAAUUCACAAGAAAAUAGUUGAGUGUAUUACUAAAGUUCUUAAGUAAAAUUUGACAUACUUUUACUUUGCUUGAGUUCUCUCGUUCACUGGUACUUUACACUUCCACUCCACUAAAAAACUGAGUCAUGUGCAUUUAAGGCAGCUGCUCCGUCUGCGGACAUGUGGAGCGUCUACAGGCUGCUGGUCUUUGCUCUGGCCGCAGCAUCGCGCCUCGCACCUGCACACGUCCUGGAGUUCUGCCACAGUUCUGACUGUCACCGUGACGAUGACACAGCAUCAAACGGCCAGCCAGCUCCAAAUACUGUCAGAUCCAGGUGGAACAUGAGUGUGUCCGGCCUCGUACGGGACCUGGACCAGUUCAGAGUGUCCUGCAAGAAGCUAAUUGAAGAAUUCCCAGUCGAUGAAGUUGACGGCAACUUUGUUCGCACUGUGAAGAACUGCAUAUUCUCCAAAUCCACUCCAACCCCACUAAAAGGGCCGCUGAGACUGGCUGCAGUUUCUAAGGAAGUCAUUGAGGGGAUCUUCGAUUUAGAUGUGGCUGUAACACAGUCCGAGGAUUUCCUACAUUAUGCCAGUGGAGGCAAGCUGCUAAUAGGAUCUGUGCCUCUUGCACACAGAUACGGGGGUCACCAGUUUGGAUACUGGGCAGGUCAGCUGGGUGACGGUCGAGCACAUUUACUGGGUCGGUAUUCCAACAGAAAGGGAGAAACAUGGGAGCUGCAGCUCAAAGGUUCUGGAAAAACACAGUAUUCAAGGUCGGGAGACGGUCGAGCUGUGAUCCGCUCCUCAGUCAGGGAGUUCCUGUGCAGCGAGGCGAUGCAUUUCCUGGGUGUUCCCACAAGCAGGGCUGCCAGUCUAAUUGUAAGCGAGGAGCCAGUGGUGAGGGAUCAGUUCUACAACGGCAAUGUGAAGAUGGAGAGAGGGGCUGUUGUUCUGCGCUUAGCAAAGUCGUGGUUUCGGAUUGGGUCGUUGGAAAUUCUGGCUCAAAGUGGAGAGACGGAUCUUCUGAGAAAGCUGGUGAACUUCGUCAUUGAUGAACAUUUUCCUUCGAUCGCCUCAGGCGACCCCAACAAAUAUUUGGUGUUUUAUUCCACUGUUGUGAAUGAAACAGCACAGCUGAUUGCCCAGUGGAUGUCUGUCGGGUUUGCACACGGUGUGUGCAACACAGACAACUUCAGUCUCCUGUCCAUCACCAUCGACUACGGGCCGUUUGGCUUCAUGGAAUCAUAUAACCCCAAUUUUGUCCCCAACACGUCCGACGACGAGGGCAGGUACGGAAUAGGAGCCCAGGCCGACGUGGGACUCUUCAACCUGGAGAAGCUGCUGGCGGCUCUCAGUCCCGUGCUCACACAGAAACAGCAGGAGGAGGCUAAAAUGAUCUUAAAAGGAUAUGGUAGCAUUUACCAGAUGAGGAUUCACCAGAUAUUUAAAGCCAAACUUGGGCUUCUUGGCGAAGAGGAAGACGACAGCUUCCUUAUUGGCUUCCUGCUUAAGAUGAUGGAGGACAAAGGGUCCGACUUCACCAUGACCUUCCGACAGCUCAGUGAGAUGUCAGACCUCCAGCUUCACAACAGGAACUUCACACAGAUGUGGGCUCUUGGCGACUUAUUGGAGCAUGAGCACUUCUCUGAUUGGCUCAACAUGUACGUCUUCCGGAUCAGCAGGAAACAAAGUGACACUGAUUCCGAUCGUCAAAGCAGGAUGAAGAAAGUGAAUCCCCGGUACGUGCUGAGGAACUGGAUGGCAGAAUCCGCCAUAGUGAAAGCUGAGGUGAACGAUUUCUCCGAGGUGGAGCUGCUGCACCGCAUCCUGUCCUCUCCUUUUGUUACACAAGAGACCGCAGAGGAGGCGGGCCAUGCAGCAAGACCUCCACCAUGGGCGGAGAGGUUAAAGGUCAGCUGCUCUUCGUAGAGAAAAAUACUGAAAUUAUUAAGAAUUACAAACUGCCACACUAUGGAAUAUAUUUUUCUCCAAAACCGCCAAGGCCAUGGCUAUGUUCUGCGAAGAAUAUACACAAUGUGCGGAUCCAGCGAAAAAUAUGAUUUGUCUUUUGAUUAUGAAAUUGUAUUUUGCCCUUUUGGCUUCUUGUCUGUUUGACACCUAAAUAAAAAAAAAAUCUAUUAAUCUUGA